CUCAGAUCCCGAGCGCCGGUCAGAGCGAGAGAGUCAGUCGGCCGGAUCGUGGAGCUGUGCGCACCCAGCCAGGCGUCCGCUCGCUGCCCGGAGCCGCGCAGCUUCCCCGGCGGAGGCGGAAGCCCGAAGAGCCCCGUCCUCCAGGCCUCUCGGCGCUCAGGCCUCCCCGCGCGCUCCGUGUGUCUCGUCGCUCGGCCGGGACGCCGCUGUGGAGGCGUGAGGCGCCGGCGGCCGAGCGCCUGGAGCGGCGGUAGCCCCGCGGCCUGCGCUUCUCCUCCUCCCCCGCCGCCCUCCCACCCUAACCGCGGCGGGGCCCGGCCGCCUCGGCGCUUCUGCACGAACAAAGGAGGCCCCCGCGGCGUCGGCGUAGCUCCGCCCGCCCUCCGGUCCGCUCCGGCCCGCGGCGGCCGCUAGCCCUUCCCGGAGGCCUCGGCCCGGCCCACCGCCCGGCGUCGCGCGCCAUCCUCGCUAGUGCAUCCGGGCCCCCGCAGGCAGAAAAAUAUGGCUCAGGAAACUAACCAGACCCCAGGGCCCAUGCUAUGUAGUACAGGAUGUGGCUUUUAUGGGAAUCCUAGAACAAAUGGAAUGUGUUCUGUUUGCUACAAAGAACAUCUUCAGAGACAACAGAAUAGUGGCAGAAUGAGCCCAAUGGGGACAGCUAGUGGUUCCAACAGUCCUACCUCAGAUUCUGCAUCUGUACAGAGAGCAGAUGCAAGCUUAAACAACUGUGAAGGUGCUGCUGGCAGCACAUCUGAAAAGUCAAGAAAUGUGCCUGUGGCUGCCUUGCCUGUAACUCAACAAAUGACAGAAAUGAGCAUUUCAAGAGAGGACAAAAUAACUACCCCGAAAACAGAGGUGUCAGAGCCAGUUGUCACUCAGCCCAGUCCAUCAGUUUCUCAACCCAGUACUUCUCAAAGUGAAGAAAAAGCUCCUGAGUUGCCCAAACCAAAGAAGAACAGAUGUUUUAUGUGUAGAAAGAAAGUUGGCCUUACAGGGUUUGACUGCCGAUGUGGAAAUUUGUUUUGUGGACUUCAUCGUUACUCUGACAAGCACAACUGUCCAUACGAUUACAAAGCAGAAGCUGCAGCAAAAAUCAGAAAAGAGAAUCCAGUUGUUGUGGCUGAAAAAAUCCAGAGAAUAUAAAAUUACUACAUGUGAAGAGACUGAAACUUGUUUUUAUUUUAAUAUAUCGUAGGAAAACAUUAAAGAGCAGAUGCAUGGCCAUUUUC